AUGACUAUCGACACCCAAACAGUAGAGACUGCCUCCAUGCGAUUCGAUAUCCUCAAGGCCGCCCUGUGCGAUGGUACUACUCGCCUUGGUCGUUUGUCCUUCGCUGGCCGCGCUACCGUCGAGACGCCGACAUAUAUCGCCGUCACCUCUCGUGGCGCCAUCCCCCAUUUGACCCCCGACAAUGUGUCAAAACACAUGAAUGUUGGUGGUGUGUAUAUGGCGCUAGAGGAUUUCAUCGAACGUCCCCAAGCCUACUCCAAGCGGACUCCUCCCCUUUACCAGACCCCGACGACUCAGAAACACACUACCCGCCUGCAUGCCUUCACCGCGACCCCGUCCUCUAUCACAACCAUUCUCAGCCCGCGCCGCCUCCCCGCUGUCCCCUCUCCCCUCGGAAACACUUCCAAGGCGAUCUCCGUUUUCACCUCGACCGGCUUCCAGCCGCUCACAAUCGUCGAGUACAUCUCUGCCGCGCAGACCCUCCAGCCCGACAUCGUCAUCCCACCCUCUGAUCUCACACAUAAUGACAUAACUCCUAACUCGAAGCGAGCCUUGCGCAUGGCCGAGCGUACAGACGAAUGGAUCGUCGACUGGUUCGCCUCGGCACCAGCCACAUCCUCGACCUUCGCCCCCAUUCUGCCGAUCCCCUAUUCCGUUCAAUGGGAGUAUGUCGCCCGCCUGGCCGAAGACUACCUCCCCACAGGCCAACUCUCCGGCUUAGCCUUGUACGAUAUGGACGUCCUCCCCGACCUCCUCUCCUUCCAGCCAACCCUCGGCCCCCUUCCCCGCCUAGUCCUCUCCAACCCCCAAACACCGCACCAACUCCUCCGGCAGAUCUCCCUCGGGGCCGAUGUCUUUGCUCUCCCCUUCGUAAACACCCUAUCUGACGCUGGCCUGGCCCUAACCUUUGCCUUCCCCCGCCCCCAACAACAGAAUUCUCCGCGGGCUUCCUCCUCCCCCUAG